GAGAGAAAGAGAGAGAGGCAUAAAACCAAUUGAUGUUCCACAAUCUCCAAUCCUGCCAGGACUCGGAUACGUGAGCUGGAUUACUCACUGCAGUGCAGAAAGGUGAUCCUUGAGGGCCUGAGCUUGAACAUAGCAAUGAAAUAGUGUCAUCAGGAUGUCGAGGUGUUCCUUUGUGCUGUGCAGGGCAGGACAAGGAACUUAGUGCAGAAAGGGGAAACAUCAUACACGGAAACCCUGGAAAGCUUGAUGCAUGAUUGUUUGAAGAGGAUGCCUUCCUGAGUUUGAGUAUACUGUACAGGAUCGCUGUCGUCUGGGCUAUUAGUGGCCUUCCUUCUUUGAAGUCUAUGAUGAAAAUCAUCAGUUCCGUAGUAAAUUCCAGGAUUGCAUUCUUUUUUCUGAUGUGCCCUAUGCUGUUGAUAUUGAACUGCACAGCUAGCAAAACAGAAAAUGGAAAUGUGCCAGAAACAGACCCUGAGAGAUGUAUGAGGCAUCACUUUGUGGACACAAUCAGCCAUCCUCUGUACAAAUGCAACUCUAAGAUGGUCCUUCUUGCGCGCUGUGAAGGUCGCUGUGGCCAGACCUCCAGGGCAGAGCCUCUCAUCUCUUUCAGCCCAAUAUUGAAACAGCCAUUCAAGUCAACAUGCCACUGCUGCCGCCCCCACACUUCCAAGCUAAAAGCGGUGCGCCUACGCUGCACAGGAGGCACCCGGGUUACUGCUACAUACCGCUACAUCCUAGCUUGUGUUUGUGAGGAAUGCAUCUAAUCAGGCAAAGAACUUGAAAUUAAAGAUGACCUCAUAUCAGUCAUGGUUUAUGGGCAGUACUGUGCGUUUCUGUAAUUAGGAAAAAAAAACAACAAAAUAAGAAGGCCCAUCAUACCACCUGGUUCUUCACAUGCCAUGGAUUUGGUACUCUCAUAUUUUUAUGACCAUGCUUUUUUUAAUUUUCCCUACAGACUUUUCAGAAUAUUCAUUUUUCAUCUGCCUGUUUAUAUCACUUCUUCAUAUGUUCUUGAAGAGAAUUCAGGAACGGAGAGAAGUAUAAAAAGUGGAACACAUCACACAGACACAUUUUGUUCAUUUAAGAUAAUUGAUCAGACUGUUGUGUGUUAGGUACAAAAUGUGAGGUGUCAUCACAAAAAGAUUAAUGCUCAGCCCAAUGGAACAGCUGUGUGGGAUGCCCACCCUGAAAGAUUCAUUCUUCCAUCAACAAGUAGAGAAUAAAUCCUACAAUUACAGUAUUUAUUUGUGUAUGUUUUGCGUCAAAAGGAAGUUUUCAACAGUAGGCCUGUGUAUGUAUUUUUAUGUUACUGUUCUCCUUUACUGCUUACAGCAUGAGGCUUCUGUUUUCAUUUUGUUACACAACAGGCUGGCGAAUCUACAAAAUAAGACAUAUAGUCAUAGUUCAUAUUUCUUUCUUCAGCUGCAUGGAAAAAGUCGUGGAAGCCUUCAGAACUUGACAGGCCUGCACCAUGAUAAAAGACAGUUAUGGCUGAUCAAUGUUUAUUAUCAAGUCACUUGUAUGAUUAUACCAGUACUGCUGCACCACUGAAUCUAACACAACAUUAACCACAGCAUCCUUUUGACCUGGCCUCGCUAGGAACAUUAAGAGCAAUCAAACAUUUGCAUGGCGAGUAGACAGCUUCAAGUGUUGGCCUCUGGUAAAAAUGUAAAGCGAAAAAGCUCCACACCCUUUUAUAGGGGUAAUGAAGCAAAUACCUUCAAAAAUGUAAGAUGGCUUGGCUUACCAGUAUUGUAAUGCAAAAUUAUCUCUUAAAAGGGACAUUGAUUAUGAUGGUCCAAAUGGCCUUUCUUCAUUCCUGAGCUUUUCUAUAUUCCAGUGACGCUGUGCUGUUUAAUGCCUGUAGAUUGAACUCCCAUCAGUAGUUUCUUGUGAACAAAACCUCAUUAGAUUUUCCUACUAAUUUCAGACUAUCUUGGAAAAAAAGAAGUGGCUACAGCAGUUUUGCACAUCUCUUGGCUUUUUAAGGACUGCCAAUUAAACUGAAAUGACAUAGUUUUAAUAAAAUCCAGUAUGACCACUUUCUGAGGCUGGUUUAAUUAAAAUGAUCAUUUUUUAGGACACUACUCUUACUCUUGCUGACUCUCCGAGAAGCUAUUUAUUUUUACAAAGCUUUCUGCAUACUGUUGAGAAAAUCAUCCAGCAAAAGGUGGGGGAAAAUAAAUUCGUUAAUUAGAUAACA